UACAGUGGUAGUGCUGUUGUAGUAACAAGAGCAAGACUGCCGUGUGCUUGUCAGAGUUUGAAUGUAAUUAUCAACUGACCGUCAACAAUAUCACUCCUAGCAGAAAACUGAAGAAGAAUAUGAUACAUGGUGCACACCAGCCAUAGCUAUAGAUUAGAUGUGUGUGCUGGUUAGUUGCUUGUUCUAGUAAUUCCUAUCUGUGCACCUGUUACACUCAGGUCUAUUGCUGAUAGUUUAGAGUCGUGUAGUCACCGUCAACUGUAGCUGCGGCUGCUCAAGCAGCUGUGGGCUACCAUGAAGAGAUCUUGCCCAUCACCAAACCAGGGCAGACCUCAGACAAAGAGACAGCAAAGAUGGAGGGUGGCUUCGCUGCCAAAGGCUGUCAGAGAGCUGCGGGAUUCGCUAUGUGAAAUCUACACCAAUGUCCGCACUCUGGUUGAAGACAGCAGCACAGAGGAGGUGAGAAGUUUGAACAUGGAUGAGAUCUAUGCAAACUUGCAUGUUGUCCCACUUGAAGAGCUUAGUGCAAGAAUGCAGCAGCUGAAUGCUGACAAAUUAGGCAGCAGUGCUGGUAUUGAGCAGCUCGCACACUCCCUUGCUUCAGCUGCAAAGAAGCUGUGCAAAAUAAAGCUGGCCAACAUCCUCACAGCCAAGAAGUCCAUGAGAUUAGCCAGGAGGAGGGAAACGUUCCGCACCAUUGCCCUCUCUUGCGCUGGUGGGGGGAAGACGUGUCUGUUUACCAAGAAAGGUCCUUACGACUGGGCACUGGGUCGCAUUUGGCAAGAGAUGGCUCUGGUGUUCGCCCUUGAACUCCGCUUGCCUUCCGUGCGCCAAGCUACGUGUGCCGCUGAGCUUCUGGCAUUGAGGAGUCACGACAUCAUCUCGGGUACUGAUCAAUCUGAGAUCUGCGCAUACGUGAAAGCCCAUCCAGAGAGAAUUUGCGUCAUACUCGAUGGAUUGGACGAAACGAAACUAGACGAGUGCAGCCAGUACGUCCAGGAUGUCAUCGCCGGAAAACGCUUGCCCGGUAUUCGCCUCAUCAUAACAUCACGCCAUUCCACGGAAGCAAUGAAUCUCAUCCACAACCCAGAGGUUGUGUUCCACCAAAGCGUCGAGCUCUUGGGCUUCGAGCAGAAGGAGUUAGAGAAGUACGUCCGCAAGGUCCUCUCAGCUGAGAAAGCGUGCAGUCUCCUGGACAAGCUGAAGAGAAGUCCUCAACUGGCAGCAAUCAUGCGCACUCCACUGUACGCUAGCAGCAUAUGCCAGCUCUAUUCCAACCAGCGAGACAUACCGGAUACGCUAGGCAGGAUCUUCAACUCCAUGAUUCUCAAUGUCAUUCAACCAAAGACGGAGAAAGGCCUGAAGAAGACUAAACCUUACGAGAAGAUGAACGAUGUUCCUGAUGGAAUGCAGGAAAGCCUUCUUCAUCUCGCCAAGUUCGCUUUCCACAUGCUCAUCCGGCGGAAGGUCGUCUUCACGGAGGCUGAUUUCAGCAUGUUUGCACUGUCAUCGGCAGCUCGGUCACUCGGUCUUCUCAUUGCCUGUGAUAAGCCACUUUCACGGGCCCAUCCGCAAUGGCGUUUUAGCCACCUGGCACUUCAGGAAGCUCUAGCAGCUCGUUACAUCGCUAGCCGCAGUCCGAAUGCAGCUGACGUCGCUUGGCUUGUACAGCGCCUUGGAGCAUUCACAGGCAGCCUCAACAUGUUUUGGCGCUUACUGGCCACUGAGCUGGACAGUGAGUCCGUCAAUGCGUUGAUUGAAGCCAUUGUCAAUCCGCAGUCCACACCCUCCACUCAGCCACACGACGACAGCAAGUACGUCACAGGAGCAGAAGGGCACAGCGUCACAUGUUUUCUCUUCACAACGCAUGACCACAUCAUGGAAUGGGCCGACCACGUGUCCUCAUGUCUUUUGUUGGAAGACGCGGAGCGUCUUGCAGAAGAAUUGAUAGGCGACAGGAUCGGCCUGGCAUUGUCUGCUCCUGAAGUGGUCCGUCAAGAAAUUGACCCGACCGUCACCAAAAUCACCUGCAAGGAUUUCGUCCGUUCACUGCUACCCAUGUGGACGGAUUGCGUGCCCAGUGCCAGUACACAGAUGCUGCACGACUGCCUAACCAACGUCGGAGUUGGAUCGGCCAUUCGAUGCUUCACCGUCACUCCCACGUCUAAUCUGCCUACAGUUCAUCCACACGACGAACCAGCUCAGCCAAACGCAGCCCAGGACAACGUCAGUGCCGCGGAACGAAGACAACGAAUCCUCUACGCCUUCCGGAUCUUCGCGGAGCACGUCAACAACAAGCAAAGCAGAAUCGAAGACAUCCCCAGCAUACAAGCCAUCAUCAAGCAGCACGGAGUAGAUUUCGACCGCGUUCCUCUCUCGCCAUCCGAUUGCCAGGCCAUCAACGCAGUCAUGAUUCACCACCACCAGUUCAUCACCAGCAUCAGCCUGUACAUCUGUGGUAUAGGUGAUACCGGGUACGCAUGCAUGGCUGAUGGCAUGGCUCUACUACGCAAUCUUACGAUCAUCAACCUGCAACUGAACAACCUAACAGAUCGUCGCACGGCCCAUAUCGCAGCGUGUAUCGCAUCCAACACGUCAACACUGCGACUACUCUACACAGCCAUGAACCUGUUCAGCAGCAAUGCUAUGGCCACCGUCCACAGCAACACACACCGCUGUACGCGACUGCGGGGAGUGGACUUUGGAGGUCAAAAGUGCACCGAUCCAGCAGUCAACCUUGACGUCAUCACCACAGUCUGCAGCAGCUGCCCAGAUCUCCAGGCCGUCAGUCUCGAUGACUGCGUACUGGAUAUGGAAGGUCUAACCCAGCUAGCACCAUUGUUAGGAGCACUGAGGCUGAGAGUGCUGGUGCUGCCCAAGGUUGGGAUGAAGCAGAACUCGGCUACGAUCGUCAGUAGUAUCAUUCAACAGCAACACGAGAGUUUGGAGUUCCUCUCACUCCAGCGCGAUGAGCUAACUGGAGAUUUCCUGGAAACCAUUCGUGGUGAGCUGAGUCAGUGCCGACGCCUAGCGCAGCUGUACCUGGACGACGACUGCCUCUCGUCAGGAGCUCUGCCGGUGCUUGCGUCCCUGCUGCCCAGUCUGCCCAAGCUCUUCUCGCUCAGAAUGGCGAGGAAUGAUUUCCGAGAUGCUGACGACGAAGCAAAGCUGUUCGCCGCCGCUGUCGAGAGCUGCUCAUCUCUGAAGGAGCUGUGGAUGCCUGAAAGAGCUCUAGUGUCUCCACGGCUGCGCGAAGCUCUAAGUGCCAUGGCCAGAGAUGAUGUGAAUGUGCAGUACAAGCAGUUUCGCUGGUACGACGAAGUGGAGAAUGACGAAGAAGAAGAAGAAGACGAGUACGGCGAUGAAGGAGAUAGUGAGAGUGAGGAAUGAGGAGGUGAGAGGAUUCAUACAGUCCGUCUGUGUAUCCUCUUUGGAGUGAAACAUGCGUGUGUGCAUGCGUGCUAGUGCUUCCGCGGGUGUGUGUUUGUACAUGCGUGUCUGUGUGUAUACUUGAGCGUGUACAUGUACGUGUGUAUACUUGAGUGUGCAUUUGUGCGUAUGUGUGUCUGUACGCUUGUGUGUUCGGCUGGUCAUUCGCCCCUUCAUUUUCAGAGAAUACCAGGACUCACUGUUUUGACCUUUGAACCUUGAACUUUGGACCCUGUAAAUGCAUAUUUUCGUUUCGUAAUUUUUUCCGGUAAUUGUGGACUUGUCUUUGAAAGAAUAUGUAGUAAUGAAUUUUUCACUACUGUUCAUGCCUUUUUUCCUAGAAUUGGUGUGAACAUUUCUUUGCAUGAACACUGCACAUGUACAUACACUGUGUCAUUCUCUGGUUUGUAGAUUAUUUGAUGAAAUUUGUCAUGUUUGGUUUAUAAAAACUUGGCAAAAAGAUUGAAAAUGAAUCAUAUCAAACGUAGAAUGUUGAUGUAGAUAUGUUUCUUGAAAUCGAACACUAUUUCCUCAGUAGUGAGAUUUCACAUUCAGUUGGUAUUAGAAUUCUAUGACGAGUGUA